AACGCAAUGGCUAUCAUGAAGACCAUUCUCUCUUUCAUGGUCCUUGCUACUGCAGCCCUUUGCAAAGGGACUACCCCCAUAGACACGUGGACACUUCACAACAGUAGCAUCAUAUGCAAUACCUCCUGCGAGUACAAUCUUUUCAUACAGAAAACCAAAUCGGGAGGUGAAUUCAAUUGCAAAUUCAGUACAAAAGGCCCCCCUGAUCCUUACGCACUCCCCAUUGACGAACCCUGCCACGGGGAACCCCACCUUGUAAUCACUCUAAGCUGGGGAGUAGACCGAUCGAUCAUAUUCUGCAUUGCGGACCUCGAAGAGAGAACUAUCGCUUACUACGGACUCGAGGCCUUCGAGAUCAGCAACGAUACUAUUGCACCAAACAAGACGGAAUGGGCUUGGGGCCUUGGCCAAAUCCCCAUCCUGAGCACGGAUUUACCAUCAUCCCCGGCAUUGUGGGUCUGA